AAGAAACAAACUAUUAUUUGGGUCCAUUUUUAAUGAACAUGUUUCACAUAGGUGGUUUUCCUCAUCUAAAAGCCAACCCAUACGUGAACCCAAAUUUAGAAACGAGCCCAGCUCAAUCCAUAGUUUCUGUGUUUCCCCCUUGUUCGUCUCUUCCCAUUCAAAAUCCGGGUUUAAACGUUAAAAGGGUUUUCAGUUUUGACAUAAGUUCUGUCUCUCUUCUCUGCUGAUCAAAGGAAAAAGUCACAGCAAAAUGAAGUCUUCAUUGAAAAAUUCUUCAUUAAUGCCAACUUUCCUUCUCCGUUCUUUUCCAAGUCCCAAAUAUGUCUGCUCUCAGCCUCAAGCACCAAUUCCCCAGAAUCCCAAUCCCAACACCAAAUUUCAGGAGAAAAUCACCUCAGACUCACACUUUCCCAGUAAACCCAUUUCAGAUUCCAAUUUUCCCAGAAAACUGAUUCUCCUCCAUUCCAAGGACCCUAAUUCAACAUUAUCCUUGACACAACAUACAAGCUUGAACCAAACCCAUGUGAUAAAUACUCUUCUGCGCCACAAAAACUAUCCGGAAUCGGCUUUGAAGUACUUCCUUUCUGUGGAAAAGAAGCUGGCUUCUGUCCAGAGUAUCGAUGUCUUUUGCGUCAUGCUUCACAUUUUGGUAGGAUCCCCACAGACUUAUAAACGAGUUCAAUAUUUGCUUAAUAAUAGAUUUGUUUCAGGCGAUUUAGGACCUGCCCCUGUUGUGUUUUUAGAUCACUUGAUUGAUACCAGAAAAAGGUUUGAUUUUGAGUUGGAUUCACGAGUUUUUAAUUACUUGUUGAAUAGUUAUGCUAGAGUUAAUAGGAUCAAUGAUGCUGUGGAUUGUUUUAAUGGAAUGAUUGACCGUGAUAUAGUUCCUUGGAUACCUUUUAUGAAUAUUCUUUUAACAACAUUGGUUAGGACGAAUUUGACGGAUAAAGCUAGGGAGUGUUAUGAUAAGAUGGUUUCCAUGGGAGUUAGAGGUGAUUGUUUUACAGUUAAGGUGAUGAUGCGUGCUUUUCUGAAAGAAGGGAAGCCUUGGGAAGCGGAGGAGUUUUUCAGGGAGGCUAAGGCUAGAGGGACGGAACUUGAUGGUGCAGUUUAUAGUGUUGUUAUUCAGGCUGCUUGUCAGAAACCUGAUUUGAAUAUGGCUAGUGAGUUAUUGAGGGAAAUGAGGGAUAGGGGAUGGGUUCCUUCUGAGGGUACGUUUACAAUUGUUAUUGGGGCUUUUCUGAAGCAGGGAAAUUUGGCAGAGGCGUUGAGGCUCAAGGAUGAGAUGUUGAGUUGUGGGAGCCCGUUGAAUUUGGUGGUUGCUACUAGUUUAAUGAAGGGAUAUUGCAAGCAACGUGAUAUUGAUAGUGCUUUCGAUUUGUUUAAUAAGAUUAAGGAGGAUGGGCUUACUCCUGAAGAGGUUACCUAUACAGUUUUGAUUGAAUGGUGUUGUAGGAAUCGGAAUGUGAAAAAAGCGUAUGAGCUUUAUGCAGAAAUGAAACUCAUGGAUAUUCAACCUACUAUUUUUAAUGUGAAUUCCUUGAUUCGUGGAUUCUUAGAAACUUGCUCACUGAAAGAUGCAACUAAUUUGUUUGAUGAGGCAGCUGAGUCUGGCAUUGCCAAUGUUUUUACGUAUAAUAUUUUCUUAUACCAUUUCUGUAAAGAUGGUAAGCUGAAUGAAGCUUGCAGUUUAUGGCAGAGAAUGGUGGGUAAUGGCCUUGUACCUAGUAUUGUUUCUUACAAUCACAUGAUACUUGCCUACUGUAGAGCAGGGAGUAUGGAUAUGGCACAUAAUGUAUUUUCAGAGAUGCUUGAACGGGGCUUUAAACCUAAUGUCAUCACAUAUUCUACAUUAAUGGAUGGGCAUUUCAGCAAAGGUGAUGCUGAACAGGCCUUAGGUGUGUUUGAUGAAAUGGUGGGUGUGCAUAUUGCCCCCUCAGACUUCACAUUCAACAUAAUCAUUAAUGGUUUGAGCAAAGUUGGUCAUACAUCUGAGGCGAGGGAUAUGUUGAAGACGUUUGUUGAUAAGGGUUUUAUCCCUAUAUGUAUGACAUACAAUAGCAUUAUUAAUGGGCUUGUCAAGGGUGGUGCCAUGAACUCUGCCCUGGGAGUUUAUAGAGAAAUGUGUGAAAGUGGAAUUUCUCCCAAUGUUGUCACCUAUACCACCUUGGUGAAUGGAUUUUGCAAAAGCAAUAACAUGGAUCUUGCUCUGAAAAUGCAUUAUGAGAUGAAAAGCAAGGGUCUUCAAUUGGAUGUUCCUGCAUUCAGUGCCCUCAUUGAUGGGUUCUGCAAGAAGCGGGACAUGGUCAGAGCAUGUGAGCUUUUCUCUGAACUCCAACAAUUUGGGUUAUCUCCAAAUAAAAUUGUUUAUAGCAGCAUGAUUAGUGGGUUUAGGAAUGUAAAUAAUAUGGAAGCAGCUAAUGACUUGCAGAAGAAAAUGAUAAAGGAGGGAAUUCCUUGUGAUCUACAAAUAUACACUACACUAAUUGAUGGAUUUUUGAGAGAAGGUAAAUUACUCUCUGCAUCUGAUCUUUACUCAGAAAUGCUUGCGAAGGGGAUUGUACCUGAUUUAGUCACUUAUACUGUUCUGUUAAAUGGUCUUUGUAAGAAAGGACAGCUUGAGAAUGCUUACAAUAUUUUAGAUGAGAUGAAUAGAAAGGGUAUUACUCCGAACGUUCUUAUAUAUAAUGCUUUGAUUGCUCGACACUUUAAGGAAGGGAAUUUAGAAGAGGCUUUGAGAUUGCACAAUGAAAUGCUUGAUAGAGGUCUUGUACCUGAUGACACUACUUAUGACAUACUUGUAAAUGGAAAGGCUAAAGCUGAAAGUUCUCUUUCUGGAGUUUCAUGCGCCUAAACAGCCAACAAAUAACUGCUUCAAAGAGUUUCAUGCUUCAAUCCAUCCUGCAAAGUAUUGAAAAAUAGCUGCUAGAUGCAAAGAGGCAAGGCAUGUUGGACUGCCAGUUGAGAAUGCGGAGAGAAAGUUACCUUUGGUUUCAGGUAGCUAUAAAAUGCAUGACAAUGUGGGGACUUUGGGCUGGCUGGAGAUGCAAUUGAAGUUAUCAAUGUAAUUUGGAUUUUGCAGUAGGUUCUUGUAUGGCUGCAUAAACCUCCCAGGUUGUCUCAGGGUCAUUUGGGAUCUAUACAACAGGCAGCAAUCUUCCGAUGAUUUGAUAGUAAUUCCAUCUCCUUGCAUGUUUCAUAUAAGUUAUGCAUUGAAAGUGAUUUAUGAUUCCAUAUGCUUCUGCGUUGUUUUUGGAGUCAAUAAAUUUUGUGCAUUCCAGGUUCAUCUUCUUUCCUUUGGUUGGUUUGUGUUAACCAUGCAGUGAUAUAAAAUUUUACAUAGAUUUUAAAGUUAAUGAAAACAAUCAGGCAGCUUAUUGCAAAUUUUAAACCAGGGAGAAAAGAUUACGGAUGAAAAGGAAUUAAAUAAGUAUUGAUUUGGUAGGGAAAGGUGAUGGCAACAUAGAUCUGAAUUGUUUCAUCAACAGCCCUGAAGCAUGUCGAUCAUUCAAUAGCUUCACAUCAUCAACGACAGGUCUUGGAUAAGAGUUAAAAAAUGACAUUAAAUAAAUUUAAAGAUCAAAUCCCAAUACUUAUAUCCAUUUUUAUCAUCCUUAAAAUACAAUCUUCUUUAUACAACAAAAAAAAAAUUGUCAAUGAGAGUAAAGAGUGAUAAUGCAGCAAAAAUUGCCACUUGCAUUGCUUUUACUAAAUUCAACAAAAAAACCA